ACGUUGGGUGGAAAAGUGGUGUCGAAUUCAUUUCAAAUAGUGCUUUCUUUUCCUAUGUUCGAAGGGAAGCACCUUCUCAUCUCGCCUUGAACCGAUGACGUUCCCAACAAAGGGGAAAGUUUGCAUAAAGGUUAGGAGAUUAGAUUUUUGCCAGUUUGAAAAGUUGACUUUGGUACCGGACCUCUUCUGUAUAUUCGCGUUUCCGGGGAAGGAUAAUUUAGGACACACAUCGCCGAGACGCCUGCUUUGUUUUGACCUAUGAUGUUGACGAGAAGUUCCAUACAGAACUUGUUAAGCCAGCUUGAUGCACCGGUUUUAAUUCUUUAGAACAGAGUCCACAAGGUCUCCCAGCAUUUUCUUAAACAUGGUCCUCAAUCAAAUGUAUAAUUUCCGCGUCGUUGGACAAGGGUAUCAUGGAGAUGUAUAUACAUGAGUAAGCUUGGCGGAAUGAUGACAUUGGAAUAAUAAAUUAUUUAAAUCCGUAGAAACAACGUUCUUAUGUAUUUAAUUGAUACAUACCUUAAGACGCUUUCACUACGAGUAUUCCAGGAAGUACACCAUAACUUUGAAGCCUACUUGAAAUCGGACAACUGCUGUUAAUAGUGUGGUUAGUUAGGGGGACGAUGGCAUUAUUUUGUUUGCGUCUGAACAGAAGCAGCUGCUUCUACCCGCUGUCUGCACACCUGACAUCUUGCUUUCAAGUCUACAAACAAGGGGGGCAUGCUUGGAAAACUCGACCAUUCUUGUCAUCGGCACAACUCUCCACGAAAAACCGCUUUCAAAGAGCUACAAACAAAGCUAUACUUCCCCUCAGAACUGCAAUAUUUGCGAGAACGUUUUUACCUCGCGACAAGACCGCGUUUUUGCAGGCAUGGAGGCAAGCUAAGGGCGUCGCUGUACGUACUCUGUGGGGGCAUCAUAUCCACACCUCUAGACCGUUGAGGGCUCUGCCUGCUCCUCUCAUAUGGUUACUGCUCAAACCUCUGCAGAAGCUCCUGGCGGUCAUACUUGGAAGAAGCAUCAGGAAGUGGUGGGUGGCCCUGCCUCCUAACCGCCGGCAGCUGGCACGUGAGGCAGCCUGGCGUAGCCGCUGGGUACUGACAGCGGCUGCUGCAAUCAUUAUGGUGAUUGCUGCGCUCUUCCUCCUGACCCACUUGGACGAGUCCCCCUUGACGGGGCGAACGCGCCUCCUGGUGUUCAGCAGGGAGAACUACAUGGAGUUGGCUGCAGUAAUGACGGAGGACUACUUGGAGAAGUUUGCGGAGCAGCUGGUCCCUGGAGACGAUCCAAGUCAUCGCUUGGUGGAGCGGGUGGUCCAGCACCUGGCCGAUAGGAACAAGGACGUUCCCGAGGUGUCCUCCAUCCCCUGGAGCGUCCACGUCGUCAAAGACCCCACAGUCAACGCCUUUGUCCUCCCUAAUGGCAAAGUGUUCAUGUUUACUGGAAUGCUUGAAAUGGUGGCAGAUAUUCACCAGCUCUCCUUUGUCCUCGGACACGAGAUGGCCCACGCCAUCCUGGGCCACUCCGCGGAGCAGGCCAGCCUGUCCCACGUUGUGGACUUGCUGUCUCUUAUCCUGCUGACCGCCAUCUGGGCCUUAUGUCCCCGGGACAGUCUUGCCGUGUUUGGACACUGGAUCCAGGGCAAACUUAUACAGCUGAUGUUCAGCCGUCCGUACAGCAGGAAACUGGAGGCCGAGGCUGACAAAGUUGGAAUGCAGCUGGCAGCUAAGGCGUGCGCGGACGUGCGCGCUGCCCCGGUGUUUUGGCAGCAAAUGGAGAUCACAGAUCAGCUGAGGGCAGUGCCAGCUGUCCCAGAGUGGCUGUCCACACAUCCCUCACACAGGAACCGAGUUACACAGAUGGACCGCUUUGUGCCUCAGCCCCUCUGCCUAAUGCCGUGUGUCAAGUGCUCCGCUGAAGAGCUGAGUUUAAAAGGCUCUGGAGCUAAGAGAUUGUUGCGAGUGUCCGGCCCUCCCGUCCGCAGACCCCCGCGUUGUCUUCUCCAAGAGCGUCCGGACACUGCUGGACAAGGCCAAGGUCAAAGGGAGGGGGAGCCAGAGCUCAAACUCACCACCACAGCGCCAAUGACAUCCGCACCCCCAGGAUGCAACAAGUACCCCUGACUGCAGCCCGCAGACGGAGCCCACAUGGAGGGGGCGGGCACUCCGCC